GAACCUGUAGGCCCGUUUAGUUGAGACUUUACGGUAGUAGACGCGCUCUACCAGCUGAUCUGUCAUUUCAGACCUCCACGGGCUUCAGAGCAGGAACUUCUUUGUUUUAAGUGAAGACUUUUUUUUGUGUCCAAUUCUAAUCAUGUCUUCGAUCAUCAGGAAGAUAAUCAACACCACUAAAGCGCCAGCAGCUAUCGGGCCGUACAGCCAGGCGGUGGUGGUGGACAGGACCAUGUACGUGUCAGGCCAGCUGGGGAUGGACCCUGCCUCUGGUCAGCUGGUGGAGGGAGGGGUCCAGGCUCAGACCAAACAGGCUCUGGUAAACAUGGGGGAGAUCCUGAAGGAAGCAGGGUGUGGAUAUGACAGUGUCGUGAAAACCACAGUUCUUUUGGCUGACAUGAAUGACUUCGUCAGUGUGAAUGAUGUCUAUAAAACAUUUUUCAGCAGUAGCUUCCCAGCUAGGGCUGCCUACCAGGUCGCUGCUCUGCCCAGGGGUGGGCUUGUAGAGAUUGAAGCUGUUGCUGUUCUGGGCCCUCUGACUGAGGUCUCUUGAUGUAGCCUAAACGUCAGCGACAGAACAGGAAAAAAAUCAACAACUCCCAUGUCCCAUAAAAUGACGUGCCAUCACAAUACCAGCGUAUAGUGAAUCAUUUCCAUUGGUUAAGAUGGUCCAAUAAAACAUCACUUCCUGUUUAAAAAUAAAGUCAAAACAAAUGAAUAGAA